GGCAAUUUUUUUGCGCCUCAUUCAAAUCUCUUUUCUUGUAUUUCUUUCACUUACUCUUAACAUCUGCGAUUAUUGUUUAUUUUUUAAUGUUUUCUUUGGUUAAUUUAUGAUCUAUUAAAUGUCUCAAUCAAAUGAUAUGGAUAAUUUAUCUAUCCAGGAAGAUAAAUCUCCGCUAGAUCUCCAACAAGAGGACCGGGAAAAGAUGCAAGUUCUAGUAUCAAAUUUUAGUGAAGAACAACUGAAUCGAUAUGAAAUGUAUAGAAGAGCAUCCUUUUCAAAAGCACCUAUAAAACGUUUGAUUCAAUCUAUCGCUGGAAGUUCAGUAUCUCAGAAUGUUGUCAUUGCUAUUUCUGGUGUUGCUAAAGUUUUUGCCGGUGAAGUUGUUGAAGGAGCCUUGGAUGUUAUGGAAGAACUAGGAGAAACUGGACCCGUGAAGCCCAAGCAUCUUCGAGAAUCUGUUAGACGGUUGAGAUCCAAAAAAUAGUUCAAAUUACAUUGUAAUAUCUAGCUUCUACAUUUUAUUAUGUCUAAUUUAGUCUACAUUUGUUUUUUGUUACAUUAAAUUUUGAAUAGAUUUUUAACAUAA